CAGAUGGCGAUACAUCACUCAGCCAGUCGCUGCGUUGGUCUCAUGCUCUCAUUACCAUACAACUGGAGCCCAGAUGAUCAUAUUACCACCUUUGGUGCAACUCCUCGAGAUUUGGCCGAGGAUCUUGGUUAUUUGCCCACUUGGUUUACUGUUGCGUCGCGAUCUAUAGCUGUUCGUCGUGUACCAUUUUCACAACCUCCCUGGCAUGGCUCUUUUUACUUUGGUUAG